AUAUAUAACCAGCGCGACCCGGUAUACGAGGUGAGCGUGUCGCCGGAGGAAGAGCGGACAGUGGUAGGUGUGCGUGCGGCGCACCCGUGUAUGUUGGACCUGCGUUCGGAGAAGGCGGUGACGAUGUUUCGCGGUUUGGGUUUCGGUGUGUCGUGUGUGCAAUGGCACCCCCGUCGUGAGUUGAUUGCGGCCGGAUCCAAGACGCAUGAGGUGCAGUUGUGGGACCCACGUACGGCAGAGAGUGUUUGUAGUUCAUUUGACCACAAGGGCUUGGUGGUGGCAACGGAGUGGCAUCCGACGAACGAAUUUGUGCUUGCCACAGUCAGUAAUGACCAUCUCGUCUACCUCUGGGAUCUCCGCAUGAACGCUACCGAGCACUGGCUGCCUGUGUACACGUGCAAAAUCGAUGACCUUCGUUCCGUCCCACCACUGCAUACCCGGCACCAUACCAUACGCACCGCACACUCUGGAACCAAUCUUUACGGACCCGUCGGGAGCUUCCAACACCUGCUCCCGCUCUCCUUCGAGUCCGGCGCUCGCGCGAACCAGGACGCCGCCGAUCUGCAGUGUCCGUGGUGUCUCGCGGAUGCCGACCGGAACACGGACAUGGGCGCAGUGAGUAGUCUGGGCGCAGGUAUGAGUGGCACGGCGCCGUCGGGUUCGUCGGGCUCGAGCCGUAUACACCCUACUUGCCUCAAGUGGCAUCCGACGGACCCUAGUAUGUUCGUCGUCGGCGACUCAGCGGGCACACUCUCUUUCUGGCGCAACGGCUCGCUACUCACGCAAACCGCCCACCCCACAGACGACUGGGUCGCUCAGGAAGUCACUGCCGUGACAUGGAGCAAAGAGGGCACCCUCCUCACCACCGCCGUCAGGGGCAAUGUUGGCGGCGCCGUCUGUUUCUGGAAUGCACCCCCGCGCUGGGGAGGUCUGACACGCCCCGGCCUCUGUGCACACCCCGCACACAAAAAGGGCUACUAA